AUGCUAAAUAGUUCAGAAGAAGUGACAUUUGAGGAUUUGGAAGCGACUGAUGUGAUUAGCGUAGAUAUUGUUCCGGAACGCAAGGGGCUAAUAUUAAAACAUUGUGAAUAUUUUGUGAGCUCAAGGAGGCAUGGGACUACAGUUACCAGAAGAUACAAUGAUUUUGCCACACUUUGUGAUGUGUUUUGUGCUAAAUAUCCAUACAGAGCGGUGUGCCGUUUGCCGCCAAAACGCGUGGUCGUGGGGGGCGGCAGUCCGUUGUUCCUUCAGCGGCGGCGUGCAGCGCUACAGCGCUGGCUGACCCUCGUCGCCCGCCACCCGGUUUUGGCGCACGACGCCGACCUGCGCACGUUCCUAUGCGAGACCACCUCGCGGCUGGAGAAGCCGAGGCACGACGAAUUCGUACUGGCCGGCACACAGGACGAGAACGCCGGUCCGUUUUCCAUUGACGAGAUGCAAGCGGAAUUCGUAUCAGAGCAUGAGCAGCUUCGCCUAGUGCAGCUGGGACUGAGCAGAUUAUACAAAAUUCUCGAAAGAGUGGGGAGUCGGAGCGCGGCUGGGCUCGCGGAUGUUCGAGAGUUGGGGGCAGCGUUGGGGGCGCUGGGGUCGCGCCCAGCACCCGACCCGCCGCGCUGGAACACGGUGAGGGCCGCGGUGCAGCGGGCGGCGCAGUUGGCAGUAACAAUGGGAGAGUCUGCAAUAGAGGAGGUGGACUAUGAGGACGGCGCUGGAGCUAAGGUGCUUUUGGCGUUGGACGUUCUCGGAGCGUACAGGGAUCUGUGCGGGCGGCUGACGCGGGGCCUGCACGGGGAGCGCGCUGCGGCGGCGGCGGGCGACGGCGCGCCCCUCACGGCGGCCGCGGGCCUACUGCGGCGGCGGCACCGCUACGCGCUGGCCUGCGCUCUCGAGGAGAGCCGCGUAGCGCGUGCUUAUGCGCUGGCGGCGCUGCAGUCGCUACACGAGGUUCUGCACACGCACAGCGUAGCGCACGCACACACCGCAAACGUUUGGGUGGAGCUACACGAAGCGCUACGUUCUACG